UCCCGGAAUAUUUUCGCACAGACGAAGGGCGGAGAAAGGAGAGGUUCCGUAUAAAAAGAUCGCGUGGACCGACUGUCAAUCUAAUGUUUACCGAAACGUCUUGUCCACCUGCCCCACGCCAACAAUAAGUACUGUGCGUUUGUGUAGUUAUCGAAGCAACACAUCAUCUCGUCGAUGUUUAGAAGUUUCAACGCGUUGGUGUGAAAGUGAACCUGCAAAUUCAUUUCGGGGUAUUGAAAGUGAAUCUAUCCAGACAUGGAUAUCGAGGAAUUUAGGAAUUUCGGGAAGGCUGCCGUGGAUUAUAUAGCCGAUUAUUUCGAGACCAUUAGGGACCGUCCUGUUUUGCCUAAUGUGGAACCUGGAUACCUGAAAGAUCUCAUUCCAGACGAAGCGCCACAGGAAGGAGAACCGUGGCAAGAUGUCCUGAAGGACGUAGACAGAAUAAUUAUGCCAGGUCUAACGCAUUGGCAUUCUCCCAAUUUUCACGCUUUCUAUCCAACCGCAAACUCAUUUCCAGCAAUUGUGGGGGAGAUGUUGAGUGCUGGAUUUGGAUGCAUUGGACUCAGCUGGAUUGCUAGUCCAGCAUAUACUGAACUGGAAGUGGUGAUGAUGAACUGGCUCGGAAAACUUCUAGGACUCCCAGAAGAAUUUCUAAAUUGUUCCGAUGGUCCAGGCGGAGGUGUUAUACAGGGAUCGGCUAGUGAAGUCACUUUCAUCGGACUACUUGCUGCCAAAGAAAAAAAAGUUGCAGAGUUGAAGGCCCAAAACUGUCCUCUAACCGAUGCAGAAAUCAAGGGAAAACUUGUAGCAUACUCCUCGGACCAGUCAAAUUCUUCAGUUGAGAAAUCCGGUCUCCUAGGUUCGAUGCCAAUGAGACUACUCCCAGCAGACGAACACGGUAUUCUUCGUGGGAGUGUCCUAUUGGAAGCCAUUCGGAAAGACAAGGAAAAAGGUCUUAUACCGUGUUAUGUCGUUGCAAACCUUGGCACUACCCCAACCUGCGCAUUCGAUAACUUGGAAAAAUUCGGCCCAAUAUGUCAGAAAGAAGGUUUAUGGCUUCACGUUGAUGCUGCCUAUGCAGGUGCUGCUUUUGCUUGUCCCGAAUACAGGCAUUUGAAUAAAGGUGUUGAAUAUGCCGACUCCUUCAACUUCAAUCCCCAUAAGUGGAUGUUGGUAAACUUCGAUUGCUCGGCAAUGUGGGUUAAAAAUGCAAAAUAUCUAGUGGAAGCUUUCAACGUCGAAAGACUGUACUUGAAGGAUCAACACAAAGGUUUGGCCCCAGAAUACAGACACUGGCAAAUAGCUCUCGGGAGAAGAUUCAGAGCCUUAAAACUAUGGUUUGUCCUCAGAAUGUAUGGAGUUGAAGGUAUCCAGAAACAUAUCAGACACCAGAUCUCUUUAGCCAAGUAUUUUGAGGAUCUUGUUUGUAGUGAUAGCAGAUUUGAAGUGUGCUCUUCCAGUAUGGGACUGGUCUGCUUCAGACUGAAAGGAAUAGAUGCUUUAACUCAGAGGCUAUUAAAAAUUGUAGGAGAAAAGAAGUCGAUAUAUUGUAUUGCAGGUAACCAUAACCACAAAUACUGCAUACGAUUUGCUAUAUGCAGUAGGUUGACUGAAAAGGAAGAUGUUGAAUUCGCUUGGAAGGAAUUCAAAUCAGCUGCUCAUGAAGUGUUUGCGAUGGAAAAAACAUAUAAUAUUAUCGAUGAGAAAACAGAAAAAAAAAUUCACGAUAUUCACAUAACUUCACCAAUAUGUGAAAUAUUACAUGAAAAAACGAAAUAAAUCCUCUAACCCUUUAUCUCAUCCAACACACUUAUUAUAAUGUAUAAUUGAUCACAGUGUACCUAGAGGUUUCUAGUUUUUAGAGAAUAAUAAUAUUUUUGAGGAAUAAAUAAUUAUGUGAUAACACUUAUGAUAUUGAAUCUUCAUUAUCUAAUGGGAUGUAAUUGGAAUUAUUAUUGUCCACUGAGAAUUUGAACCAAAUAAAUUAUAUAUCAUUUGAACUCGA